AUGCGCAACGCGGGGAAUUUUCCAGGUCCCAUUCCCCCUGAGCGGGGGAACCUCGGUGCCCUGGAAACGCUCGACCUGGGAUUCAAUGAUCGAACAGGACAAAUCCCGACGGAGCUAGGGAACCUACGCAUGCUGCCAAUGCUUUGGCUUGCCAACAACAAGCUUUCUGGGGCCAUCCCGCCGGAGCUGGGAAAGCUCGCAGCGCUGCGACGGCUCAACCUUCGGGGUAAUCAGCUAUCGGGUGAAACACCGGCGUUGCUAGGACAGCUCAGGAACCUGCAGGUGCUCAGUCUACGCAGAAACAAGCUCACAUGUCACAUCCCCAUGGAGCUAGGAGCUUUCAGCGAGCUGCAGUUGCUCAAGCUUGAGGAGAACCAGCUUACCGGCCCCAUCUCGCCGGAGCUCGGGAACCUCGCAGCACUGCGACGCCUCGACCUUCACUCCAACAUAAGUGGGGCCAUCCCGCCGGAGCUGGGAAAGCUCACAGCGCUGCGAUGGCUCAAUCUUCGGAGUAAUCAGCUAUCCAGCCUCAUUUCGCCGGAGCUGGGGAAUCUUGCGCCACUGAAGGACCUCUCCCUUUCGAGUAACCAGCUCAGCGGUUAG